AUGGCGCUCCUACACAGCCAUCUCGAGCAGAUCUCGCUCUCUGCCACUGCCAUCGCAGAAUUGCCGUUCCCUCCCCCUAAGCUGUUCGUCAACGCUCUGCUCGGCUCGCAUGAUAUUACAGCCCUUAUUCGGGAUACGGAAGCCCACGAGCGCGCCCUCUUCUCUACCGAUCCCGCCUCGAAGAGCUCCCACCGACGCGCCACGCGACGAGGCACAAUGUUCGCUGCUGAGGCGGAAAAGGAGACUAUGAUCAGUCGUAUAUAUUCAGUGAAGGACCGCCGAAACCAAUCGGCUGUUGCGCAGGUGUUGGGCGGAGAUAUGAUGGAAGCUAUUCGACAGAUCGCUCGUGUGCCUCCUAACCAGUCAAGCCGAAAGGAGAUCAACCUCGAGAUUUUGUUACAAGGCGCUGAAAUGCUCUGCAACGUUUACCCGGUUGUGGGUGCGAAAGACAAAAUUCACUCCCUGAGACAGCGUUAUCAAGACAUCUCCACCUCAUUAUCGGGCCUUGAGGAGCGCGUUUCCGAUCAAGCAGAACAACUUGAACGCAUGAACCAUUUGGAUGCGUACGAGAGUGACGAAGCUACACAGCACGCCCAACCCAGCACCGUUGACGUAACAGAUGAAGACAUACAGCGCGAGCUUGAUGAGAUCGCAGAACUAGAGAACCGAAAGCGAGUCCUUGAACGCCGCGUCAACGGAAUGGAAAAAGACCUGGAGGGUCUUUUAAAGUAG